AUGGUCUCUUCUGUGAGCCAUUUCCAAAUUCAUCAUGGUUAUUACUUAUUACCUAGGGAUUUCUCUCAUAAGGAAUUGUCCGAUCUUUCUGUUCUCCAUCUACGACACACCAAUGAUGAUCAUUAUGAUUUUUUCCACUGUGGUUCUGCUCAAGAUCUUCUGCAGAAUGUUCCUGUGUUGAUUUUGCAGUCAAAUCAGUACUUUGUUCCUUCUCUUUUCAUGAUCCCAUCUUUCAGGCAAGAUCUAACCAAAAUGUUCCCAGAAAAAGACACCAUCUUUCACCUUCUAGGAAACUAUCUUUUUCACCCAUCAAAUAUUGCAUGCAAAUUCAUCAGCAACUUCUAUCAGAAUCAUUUGUCAAUGGCAACUCAGAAGAUUGGCCUCCAGAUUCGAUUGUUUGACACACAAAAAGAACCCCAUCAAGUUGUUCUCAACAAAAUCUUAGCUUGUACCUCCAAGAACAAUCUUUUGCCUCAAUCAGAUGGGAGAACAUCAGUAACUUCUACUCCAUCCCAGAAUCAUAAUACCUCAAAAGCUGUUCUUGUCAUUUCUUUAUAUUCAGAAUAUGGAAAUAAGCUAAAAGCUAUGUAUAUGGCAAAUACAAGUGAAAGCAAUGAGGUGAUAAGAGUUUAUCAGCCAAGUCAUGAAGAGAAUCAAAGCUCAAACGACAAUAAGCACAACAUGAAGGCCUGGACUGAGAUGUAUCUGCUGGGUUUGACUGAUGCGUUGAUUACAAGUUCGUUUUCUACUUUUGGGUAUGUUGCUCAUGCUCAAGGCCUUGGAGAUUUGAAGCCAUGGAUUCUGAAGAGCACAUUCAGUGGAGAGGUUCCAGAUCCUCCAUGUGAAAGAGCCAUGUCCAUGGAUCCUUGUUUUCACUACCCACCUAAGGGAGACUGUAGUUCCAACAAUUAUCAAUAUUACUUCUUUCUUUCCUCAUACUAG